AUGGCGGAUUGGAAGGAAACAGGUAGCGCACGAAUAAAUCGGGGAAUUAACAGAAGAGGGGCUUUUAAGCAGAAAAAUGUCGUGACAGUUAAAGACCACCAGUUUAUUGCUCGGUUCCUAAAACAACCGACUUUUUGCGGUCACUGCAAGGAUUUUAUUUGGUAAGUGUUUUGUACGGGUGUUACUUUGUAUUAUUUCAUCCCUGUGUUUUAUUGUGGAAGGCCUAUGUUAUGCUUGUAUCAUGGUUGUGUUUUGUGUCCGCGGGAUAAUUCAGUAUCUUUUUAUUUUUCGUCGGUUUUGCAGGGGAUUUGUUGGAAGACAAGGAUUUCAGUGCCAAGGUAUAGCUUAUAUUGCGGUUUCUGAUUUUGAAGAAGCUGUGUUUGGAGAUCGAAAUUUGGACAUAAUAAGCUUACUCUUUUGCCAAGGAAAAGUGGCUGUAAAUUGUCUGUAAAGCUGGCAAAAGGUUUUUAUUUAUUUUUCUCAAAUCUUGCAGUUUGUUCUUUUGUGGUCCACAAACGCUGUCAUGAAUAUGUUUCCUUCGCUUGCCCAGGAUCAGAAGCUGUUACCUAUGCUGGAGUGAGAAAGAUGUUUUUAUUUUUCAAUCUGAAAUUCUGAACUUCAUGCUUGUUUUGAAUUUUCCUUUUUGGUGAUUAGUUCAGAUUCUCGAAUAGCUUUGAGCGUUUUGCCUAAUUGUAAACUUGCUAAGCUUAUAUCAUUUAUUCUCUAUCAUAGUAUCCCGAAUCACCACACAAAUUUAAAGUUAAAACCUACACAAGUCCUACGUUCUGCGAUCACUGCGGUUCGCUACUUUACGGCCUUAUACAUCAGGGAAUUGAAUGCGAAGGUAAUUUAGAAACGUCGGUUUUUAUUGUUUAUUCCAUAAAAAUAAGAAAAAAAAUGAGGUAGCUUAAUGUAAACGAGAUUUUUUCCACGACUUAUCAUAUGUUUUUACUUUCGCUUGCCAAGUAAUGGGAUGGGAUAAUCUGUUCAGCUUAAGCUUCUUUCUUGCAGGUUGUCAAAUGAACGCUCAUAAAAGAUGUGAAAAGUUCAUUCCAAAACUUUGUGGUGCGGAUCACACAGAAAGAAGAGGAAGAAUUCAUUUUAAGGUCUCCAUCGAUGGAUCAGGAAAGGAAAGAACUCUUCGAAUUGACGGUAUGGCGUUCUAGAUUUGCACAUAAAACAAGAUUUGCAUAUUUUUUGUUUUCCUGUGCCGAUAUUUGUCUGCUUCUGGAACGCAUAAUCAACAAACUGAUUGACCAUUCAUUUUGUGAUCGUCUGUUUUGACUGAAGUUUGGUGAGAUAUAGGGUUACAGAACGUUGCGCUAUCACUGUAAAACCUUUAAACAAUAAGUGCAUUUAUUAUACAUAUUGAUAGUAAUUUUUUUGCACUUUUACUAUAUGCAAAAGCUCGUUAAGUGGUAUAUUUUUAUCACCUGCUUUGAAAGUUGCAUUAGUAUUCUUGUGCUAAACCGAGGAAUAUCGUUAGAAAAUAACUUCAAGUUACUUUUAAGUGAAUCUUAAUUUGGAGUUUGCAGUAAAUUUGCUCUGUUCGAGAUAAACACAAAAAUUAAUUUCGCUCGCCAACAUAAGAAUAUGAAGAAUUUAGAUUGGCGGGGGCGGUUUUUAAUAUAUAUUUUUGUGGACGUCGUCCUGCGGUGCCGAAUUUUUUCCUAUUCCCUGCAGUAUAUUUUUGUUUCCACUAAACGACAGGGUUUUUUUAUCGAUAAGUUAAUAUUGCUUUUGCUCGUGUAAAUAUACGUUUGGGUUCAGGCUUUCAUCGACUUUGUUUUGACACUAAGUGAAUUUAAGUUUGCUCUCGCUCUUAAAAUUAAUGUGACAAGUAAAAAAAAAGGUGCUAUUCACUCAUCCGCCGCAUGUAUUUUAAAUGCAGUCCGUGAGUACCUGAUCCAUUUUUUCCCAAAAAUAUAUUUGUCUUGAUAUUUUGUCAAGCUCGAUAUUCUGUGCAAUAACUUGUUUAUUCCUCCUAAAUACCUUAUUUUGUUGCCAAAUUGUGUGUUUUAAUGUUUGCCUGAGACUCGAUUUAAUUUUACAGUUUCUGCAUUUCUUCCACCAAUUGAUUUAACAUGCUGCUUUAAUACUACCACUUAUACAGUGAUUGCUGGACAGUUAGCAAAAAGCUGCCAUCUAAAUUUACUAGAACUAUUUUUGAACACAGUGUGAGGAUUGUCAUCAGUAUUGAGCAAGGAAAAGAAAACAACCAGGAAUGACCUUUUUUUGUUGCUGUCAUUGCAUUUCUACCAAGUUGUAUUUUGUAAGAAUCUGCCCUGGGUACCAGAGGUUUUUUCUUUGUGUGCUACGAGGAGCUCUGUCGGCCGUAGGCCAACUUGUCUUUGGCUGAAGCCGUGAGAAAAAAACCUCUGGCGCAGAGUGCCUUGAUUUACCGUGCUCGAUGGACCUUGACCUUGUCUCUAAUCUGUCAAUCAAAUCAGCGGUCUCAAGCUAAUUCAAAAGUAAUUACCAAGGGAGGAACCACGUGCUCCAGCCCAAAGAGUCACAUUAUCUCCAGAAUAGCAAGCUUGAGUUUUGAUAAAAAUUGUUGCUUAAAAUAGUAGCCCUGUCACUGUGCAGUUCUCCUUAAUUUAUGUAGCUUCAAUUUAAGCUGCAAUCCAUUCUUCCAAAUUUGGAUCUGUAAAUCACUAUGGAAAAAUAAACUUCCUGCAUAAACUACUAACAAGCUGGGCCCAGCAUGACAGAGCAUUGCAGGAAACCUUCACAUUUAUGGACAAAAGAAAAUCACUUUUCGUCAUUUAGAUCCAGGAAGCACAAAAUUUUUUUUUAGCCGUAAUGAAGAUGUUUACGUUCCAAAGGAGGUUAAAGAAAAUGCUCUUGACUCCGCAUCAGAGGGAAAAUCAUGCUGUCCCGAAAUAAACCGCAGAAAAUAAAUAUGCGCGUCACGACCUUUCGGUAUGAAACAAGUGGGAAAAAUAAUGCACAUUUGCUCAGUCAUGAUCUACCCACUGGAGAAAAAAUAAAUUGGAACAAGCAGCAUUUUGGCACAAGGUAAAAGUCGUGUGUUGCCUACCGACCCACUUUUUACAUGCUGCAUAUGCCAGGCAGUAACUGGAACAGCACCCCCCCGAUCGAUUCUUUGAAUAUAAUUUACAAUGUCCUCUCUUAGUCCCACAUUCACUUCCUCCACACCAUUGAAUGUUCCAAUGACUUCGGCUGUAGCCUGGUCUAAAUCUUAUGUUCAUACAGGCAUCUGAUAUUUCCAAUUCUCUUCCAAAAAGCAAAACCUUACGUGAUAUGUGCGUGGAUUGUUUCAAUUUGAUCUUUGUCACCUUCAAACCACCUGCGUCCCUAUUAUGCGCCUAUUGUGAUUGUAAUCCAAUGAGAGCGUUUGAAACAUUCAAUAUCACCAAGGAACCAAUCAACAAAACAUCCAGAUUCUGGAUGUUUUGGUAUUUAAGCAGGAUUGUAAUUGGCUAGAAGCUAUCAAAGGGAUGGCGCACUGGUCCAGAGGCUUUUCACACUUGUCACUUUUCAACACUUUUUAACUUUUCCUGUAACUCCUUCUGGCACUAGUGUACUUUUUUUCCGCAAGGUGCCUUGAAUAUUCCAAUAAAUGUCUCUUCCAUAUGGACCAAACUCCUAACAAGGCUGUUCUGGGUGGGGUGGGGUGCAGUGUUUUUGAGAUGCAGAAACCCAAAAAAAUUUCUAGCCUCAAAAGAGGGGGGUGGGGUACAACAGGCAAAAAAUUGGUGUGUAAAGUAGGGCUCCCACAAAUUGUAUUAGCACUUCUCUAGAUUUUGAUUUUGGAGUUUUCAGUAAGGGAAGAUACCCUAAUGCCCCUCUGCUCCUACCAGUAAAUUUCAGUAAGGUAUUUACUCUUAGGACUAAUAGUGUAAACUACAACGUGAAGUAAAUUGACCUGAUUUUUUCUUAAGAGGUGGAAGGGUGGGUAGAGGGGUUGUCAUCCUUUAAAUUAUAGGGACCUUAAGAUCCGAGGACGGCGACGGCAGAGAAAAUGUCGCUGAAAAAGUGAAUUCGUGUUCUUUCAAUCUUCAUCACGAUUACUCCAAGUCACUAACUUUUUCAAUUGUAGGUGAACCAUCCUAAAGCUGAAUUCCUAAGAACCAUAGCCAAGCGCAGAAAGAGAGAGGAAAUCUCGUCGUCGCUUGUGUACUUCCUCUGUACAACGUAAAAUUAGGCAUUUUCACGUCGUAGUCGUGCAGUGAUGGCAAAGAAAUGUACAAAAAAGCAUGAUGUACGUGCAAAUUGUUGUUUUAGUUAUUAAACCUAUUGCUUUUGUGGAGUUCCCGUUGCCGUCGCCGUCGUCCGAUCUUAAGGUUACUUAUUAGGACUACAAGGAGGUUCAGUUAUAAAAAAAUCUGAUAAAGAUGCAGAAUCAUUAGAUAUUACAUGCACUGCUCAUCAAAUCUCACCAGCCCUGCUCUCCCCAUGAAAAAUGAGUGGUUUAUAAAUUCGCUCUUGGGAAGAUAUCCAGUCUCUCAUGUACAGACAUACAGGACAUUUCUUAGUUCCUAACAAGGCUGUGUUGUAAAAAAUCUGUAAACUCGUUAAUCUGGAGUGCACAUGUAUGUUUGGUGUAAAAGUUGAGAUUUCCUGGUAGCCUACCAAAGUGAAAAAUAAGUCACUAAAAGCGACUCAUACAUCAGGCUCUGCUAGAAGACAGCCCUGCAUUGUUCAGCACUUAUGUGUUAGCUAACCAUCUGCAUCUAAUUUAUAUUCAUAUACUCAGACCUGAGAGCACCACUCAGUCAGUUUUCUUGGGCUUUGAUAAUACAUGUGUAACAGGCUAUUUUAUCUUCCCCUUGUAGUUCGUGAAGCAAAGAAUCUAAUUCCAAUGGAUCCUAAUGGCUACUCUGAUCCUUAUGUCAAGAUCAAGCUCAUACCUGACCCCGACAAAUCAAGCAAAAAGAAGACUAAGACAGUUAGAAAAACCCUCAAUCCAGUUUUUAAUGAGACAUUUGAUAUGUAAGUGUAUGGAUACUACACAGCUGUGGAUAAACCUUCUGAAAGUAAUAAAUAUAUUUCAUUAACAAUUAAUGCUGCAGGCUUUUGUUAAAUUUUAAUCUCUUCUAAUGCAGUGUUUAGUCAAGGGCAGCGUUGAUUCAAGGGUCAGCAAGGUCAAAUGUUUAGCUAUUGUUCUGUUUACCAAGAACUUUUGAGACCUUUUUUUAAAAAAGCUUUGUGGUUGGAUAACUUUUUCUGUGUGUGUGUCACGGUUUCAUUAGUCAAAGUAAUAGUCUGAAGUAAAGUUAUUCAAUGUUUCCUUUUGUUUCCUUUUUUAAGUCCCAUCACCCAAGCUGAUUGUGAUCGACGUCUGUCAAUUCAGGUGUGGGACUGGGAUCGGACCACAUCUAAUGACUUCAUGGGUUCCCUUUCAUUUGGAGUAUCAGAGCUGUGGAAGCAAGGACAAGAAGGCUGGUUCAAGCUCUUGAGCAAAGAGGAAGGCAAGUUUUAUAACAUUCCCAUCAUUGAUGAUGAUGAAGGACAAGCUGUAUCAGAGCUGAGAAGUAAAUACAAGGUAAAUUUCAAACUGAUAGUCCUACAGUAAAUGUGGUAUUCAUGGACUCUUACUAUUAACAUAGGAAAACCAGGCUGCAGGCUGCAAUGAAAGUAGUGUCCAAUAGCCCCGGGCUAGUGGUUUUUUCCUUUGGCAGGGCUCGAAAUUGCGACUGAUACGGUCGCCAAUGCGACUAACAUUUUCUCCUUGGCGACUAAAAAUUCUACUUUAGUCGCCAAACUGGCGACCAGAUUUCUCUACGAUUUAGAUUUAAAUUAAAAGACUAAAGUUAAAACAAAAGUUUCAUCUUAUCCUGCUUUGCUUUCAUGAUUAAAAAUGUGCCAAAUCGCAUAAACAGAGCCAGUUUACCUCCAAGUUUAUACCGACCUCUAUCCACGAUAUUUUCAAAUCUGAUGGAUCGCACCAUACUAUGCAGGGCUUCUGAUAGGUCGCAGAAAAAAAAUCAAAUUUCUCAGGAUUUUUAGGGUCAAAUUCGCACCAAAAUCAACCGAUUUCGCAGGAUUUGGGGCAAACUUAGCUGAAAAUCAAUCGGUCAAAAAAGGCCGAUUUUGUGGUUAUAUUCAGGGAAAACUUCGUUAGAUUUCGAUCGGGUUCGCGCUGACCAGACCAGCGUUUUUAAUGUUUUUCUAACAGAGGUCAUCAUUUGCUCUUUCAACAACAAUACGCUCCGGAACUGAACCAAUGGCAAAGCCUUUAACAUCAUGGCUAGUGCCCAGUUUUUCGCAACAUAAUCUACGCCUGGUAGUUUCGGAGUUUCGGGACGUUGUUUACACGUUUAAGUGACGAAGUUUCAGGAUAAAUUUACACGUUUAUGGGCAAGUAAAUAGCCCCAAUAGCUGAGAAAAGUUUCAAAUAUGUUAUACAGACAUGUAUUUGAUAAGAUUUCUACUGAAUUUCGCGGUAGUUUGUGUGUUUUUGUGAAUUUCGCGGCCUUGCGACGGCGCGAAAUAUCAGAAGCCCUGACUACGAGCUGCAUCAUAUAUACAAACUGGCGACUAAAAAUUUACAUCUGGCGAUUACAUUUCUCCAGUUGGUCGCCAAAAGGCGACCUGAGGAUUUUUUUAAUUUCGAGCCCUGUUUGGGCUACUGAAUUCUGUUUGUAACUUGCCCAAUGGGCAAGUGAAGUCUUUUGGGAGAAUUUAAAUCACAGAGGAACUGUGAUCAAUCCUGCUGGUCAAGAAUUGUUUUUUUUCUGUGUGUGGGAGGGGAGUUGGGGGCUAGUGGAAAUGGCUUUCUGGCUAGCACACGCUAACUUCAACUUACCAGAAAGGCAAGCUGCAAAACUGAAUUUCUUUGCACCCUAUUCUGUUAUUUGUUCUGUGUGUUUACCUAUACUAGCUUAUUUACCAGCUUUUCCGGACACAGGCCUGCCCAGAGGGAAUGUGCACGAACGGGACUCAGGUCCCAUGCGAGGUGCCAUCCCUAUCCAACCCCACAACCUGUAAAGGUUGGCCACACCACAGGGGCCUACGACCCCUACUCUUUUCAAAUAGUGAUGUAGGUUCUUUUACGUCCCACAAGAACAAAUCAGUGAAAGUGCUGUGAGAUGGGACCUAUGGUGUUUUGUCCUCAUCCGAGAAGAUUAGAAAGUCUAACCAUUUGCAGAUGUUAUUACAAAGGCAGCACUUUCUUCUCAGUUAUUAGACCCUGAGUGUUGGUCCGGCCAGGGUUUGAACCCUCGACCUCCCGCUCGGCAGACCGGUGCUCUCCUAACCGAGCUAACCAGAUGGUGGUCUUACUGAUCACUUUGUCGCCCUUCCUUUCCUCCAAGGCCCCUAUUCUCUAGGAGAAGGGGCUGUGGGUACCCCAAGUAAAAAUCCUGGUAAGAACACUGAUAAUAUAUAUAAUAAUUAUUAUACAUUUUUUUUCAUGUAGCUGGCAAUUUGUCCCAUCAGCAUGUGCUCUCUUUGGUUACGCUGAGGUUACAUAACUGCCUACAGAAUUAAGUAAAGCUGUUUCAUGCCAAAAGUCUCUGAGUGGGCAACGUACAUGUUUGUACCAAAAUCUGUGUCGCUAGGGAUUAUAAGAAACUAUAUAUAGUUAGUUUUGUGCCCCUUGAAUCUUAAUGCUUCCCUAGUCAGAUUGAAAUACAUGUACUUUUGGAAAUACAUGUACAAUUAUCUGUUUUCCUUGGGAUUAGUAGUUAAGUCUCUUGGGGUGCAUGGUACAUGUACACUGUAUUCCUUACAGAGUAUGUUUCUUGUAUCUUAGUUUAUGCAAGCGCAACUAAAGGAAGAGGAAGACAGACAGGAAAGAGAAUACCGCGAGGCUCAGUCAAGUCGUCAUGACACUGAAGGUGGUGUUAGGUACAGGCCAGAAGAUUUCCACUUCCUUAAGGUUCUUGGCAAAGGAAGUUUUGGCAAGGUUUGUGGACCUAGGGGUGAAUACUGUAGAACUGAAACCAUUAUUGUCCAUAGAAAGAUAGUAGAAAAUAGGUUUACUACUUUGUCAGGUAAAUUUCAGUUUAAUAUAUUAUCAAUGGCUAUUUUUGGCUUCUGUCUCUUUAAAUAGUAUUGGUAUGAUCUGAACAUAUAUUUUGGUGGAGGUGACAUCUAGGAUAAAACCUCAUACAGUGUACAUGUUGUAGUUAAUUUUUUAUUUCAGUUAAUUUUUAUUUUUCCAUUGUUUUGGGGUAUGGUAAUGUAUGCUAAUGAAUUUAAAACAAAGGAAAAACAAAAAUUAACUGAAAUUAAAAAUGAACUGCAACAUACACAUUAUGUAAUUAAUGUUAUUUUGUCAUUAACUUUUUUCACUUUUGCCCAAAUAGAUUUUGCAUAUGUUAGUUAGUUUGUCAUUAUUUUUUAGAAUCUUUUUUUUCUGGCUUAUGUUAUAGGUCAUGUUAGCUGAACGAAAAGGAACAGAUGAGGUUUAUGCCAUUAAAGUGCUGAAAAAGGAUGUUAUUGUACAAGAUGAUGAUGUAGAAUGUACCAUGACAGAGAAAAGAGUUUUGGCAUUACGUGGCAAACCUCCAUUUCUCACUUCUCUCUUCUGUUGCUUCCAGUCUUAUGUGAGUUUCUGACUUUUGAUGUUUGACUUAUGCAGCAAUGGCUAUUUGAUUUAAAAAACUACCAAUGAAUUGCCAGAAGCAAUUUUUGUGUUGACAAAGUUUUUCCAUUACUUGUUAGUUUUUGUAAUUCUUUAGAAUGAUACAAAUGUGAGUGAGUUGCACCUGCCACAUUAUGCUAGUGUUUAAUUCUGAGUUUUUCGCUGUCAGAGGUGAAUGAAAGAGGUCGCCUUUUCUCUGUGCUAAAUCUUGCCAAGUAAUCCCUCAUUCAGUUAUGGUUUGAUAAGUAAGAUCUCUUUUUCUUGCAUAGGUUGGGUAUUAAAGCUUUCUGUUAAACACUGUUAAAGCUUUUGACAAGGAAUGUGGAUCCACAUGGGUGGUUACAAAGUGGUUUAGGUGUGAAGGGGUUAAGUUGUCAUGCUUUAUUGAGUAGUCAGUUGUCAUGAGUAUUCACCAUGAUAGAAGGUUGACUGUACACAAUGGAACUCUUAUUUGGCUUUCUGGUUUAGAAUGGUGAAUGUAUCUUUGUGGGACAAAUUAAGCUUAAAAACUACACCCUGAUUGGUUUCACGUAAAGUGUUUCACCCCAAUUGUUUUGCUGUUCCCCUAUGCAUUUUGUUGAGGAAGACAUCUCCCUGGGACAUCAUUGGGCUUUUUUCCUGGGAACACUUUGAUUUUGUAAUAAAGGCUUUUACAAUUUUUGUAUUUCUUCAGGAUCGGCUCUAUUUUGUCAUGGAAUUUGUCAAUGGUGGUGACCUAAUGUUCCACAUCCAGCAACUUGGAAGAUUUAGGGAACCACAGGCUGUGUAAGUACACUGUAAUAACCUAUUUUGUAGUAGGGUACAUUUGCAGUACGAAAAAAAAAAACGUAUUGGUGUACAAAUGGGAUAAUUUCAGUUCAUUUUUAAAAUGUUUAAGUCCAUGUAGCCUAUUUCGCAAUUUAUGUCCAAGUUAAGCGUUUGCUUAGUUUAAAACUGGACCCUAACUGAUAUAUUUUGCUGCUGAUUUUAUUUUGAUUGACAGUUUCUAUGUAGCAGAGAUUGUACUUGGGCUGUUGUUUCUUCACAAAAGAGGUAUUGUGUACAGGUAACUUGCACGUUUGGAUGUUAUACAGUAACAGUCAGUGGGAGCAUAUAACAGUAUGAAAUGUUAAUAUUAUUCUCUGAAUGAAACAGAAAAUGUUAUUUAAAAUUUUGACUCUUCUUUUGAGUUAUUAAGUAAUUUUUUUAAGAUCUACAUGUUUUCUUGUCAGUUCUUUCUUACUCUAGGCUUGUCUUACAUCCAGGGCAAAAUCUAGUUCUUAAUAAUUAUUAAAUUAAAAUAGUGUACUUAAUUAUCCUCUUCCAUUAUGGGGCAAAAGUUGGGUGCAAGGGGCCACCAGGCUCUGCUAGAGUAGAGCCCUGAGAUUAAAAAAAUCUUAGAAGUUACAGACAUGAAACAAAAACAACAUUUUUGCAUGGAAUACCAAGGGAAAAAAUUGAUCUUGGAGUAAGCCUGUAGAGACUCCUUGUUUUAUAUUACUAUCACAGAGAUUUAAAGUUGGACAAUGUAAUGUUAGACAGUGAUGGCCAUAUUAAGAUUGCUGACUUUGGAAUGUGCAAAGAGAACAUGAUGAAUGGCAAGACAACACGAACAUUCUGUGGGACCCCAGAUUAUAUUGCUCCAGAGGUAAAACCAACAAAUUGUUAGAUUCAGCUUUCGUGUUUAUGCAAUAAACCCAAUGUCUAAAUGGCUGCUAGACUAACACUUUUUUGUUUGAAUUUCAAUUAGCCCAACUAGCCUCGUUCCUUGUUCUGCAGGAGGCUACUUAGGCUAAUUUUACUUUAAACAAAAGAAUAUUUAUCCUGCAGCCAUUUUUUUACAUUGGGCAUAUGCAUUAACUGUAUUUUGUAGAAAACGUUGUCAAGAAUAUAACUGGUUCAGCCCCUCCCCCUCUCUCCUUAUUUCUUUGGUUAGACAGAUCUUUUUUUUCUUUAAACAAUUUAUUUUUUGCUGUAUCAUAGUUAUGUAAUGAUAUUUUGACUUAUUCAGAUUUCGACCCCUCCCCUGCCUAUUUCUUUGAUUUGAGAGAUUUUUUACCAUGAACUGUUCAAUGACCAGCAUAAAUUUAUGUAAUUUUAUUAUAUUCUGACUUGUGUUGUUUUCAGAUUGUUGCUUACCAGCCAUAUGGUUUCUCUGUUGACUGGUGGGCUCUUGGUGUUCUCAUUUAUGAGAUGUUAGCUGGGCAGGUCAGUUACAUCCCACCUCCUGCUGAAUUCUUAACCUUCCUAACCGUUUCAAUUCCAGGCUUUUAAUAAAACGAAUUAUACAAUGCAUUUUAAAGCAGUUACUCGCUGGUUGGGUCGUGUACCAAACUAAGGGCGCUUUCCAAAAAUCAGAACUGGCUGGCCGAACUGAGACCGGACCAGUCAUUUUGACAAAGCAGUAAGCUUUUUCCAAGAGUUGUCACUGAAAAGCCGUCUCCUUUGUUUAUACUUUUUAGGAGCUGACUAAUGUGGCUGGAUAGUUUUGAUAAAGAGUGAAUUUUCAUUACGAUGGGAAUGGUCUGGCCGGUCAGUUCUGGCUAAUGAAAAGUGCCCUAAGAUAAAAAAACUGAAAACAAAGAUACAAUAAUAACAACGUAUGCUAUGUUUUUUAACACCCAUACAGUUAUAAUAUUUAAAAUCUGCUGACAAGUUCCUGUCUACAUGCAGCAAAGAUAAAAUGGGAGACUUCUUCUUCUGCGUUUAAAUUGAUGAUGUGUUAAAAAUGAAAUCUUUAAUGAAAAAUUGCUUUUCCUGAAGCCUGGUUCGCAUACGCGACCAAGCUACGAGCUUCCGUUGCCGCUUGGUAUACCCUUCUGAUAUAAGGAUAGAAGCUGCUGGCAACAGAGGCAACCCAGCCCAGUCUUUACUUUGGAGGCAUGCCGAUGUAAAGACCUGCAAUGUUUCUUGUUGCCAGUGGCGUGGGUUCUCAUAAUUUAUGGUGGAACAGAAUCACAGGCAGCUUUGGCAGCUAUGUUGGAGGUACAUUUGGCGGCAUAUGAGAACCAGGCCUAACUUUGGCACAAAAAAUUGUUUAAAAUUGUCUGUGUAUGUCCACUAUGUGGUAAUUUAGUACAGUGUUCCAAAGUCCACCACCUCUUAUUAAUACCGUUACCUUUACCGCAUUAAAUCGGCAAAUUUCAAUCUUGCUUCUCCUUGGGUGAUAUUCACCAUAAGUAUUCCUGUGGAUGUCAUGAGCAUGCUUGCAUGAGCAGAAUGAAAGAGUUUUGUCACUAAUUAUAUCCUAGAAACGUUUAUCAUCAAUACAGUUCACAAGCCUAUGUAUAAAGUCCAAUCGUAAUACAGUGAAAUCCCGCUUUGCGGACGCCUCGUUAUCACGGACAGUUCUCAAGAAAGCCCUAACAUUUUCUCUAAGUUCAACCCGCUUUAUACGGACACCCCAUUCAUACGGACAAUUCCUACAGUGUUUUCCCCCCUCAUUUUGCUUAGUAUUUUUAAGAAACAAAAUCUGGGCUUUUUUCCAUGGACAGUUUACAUCCCUUUAUGAUAAUCGGUACAGCUGUGUGCUAUUCCCAGUGUCAAAACAGCUAUGUAUUCAUCAAGGCUGUCAUCAAGAAGUGGGGGCCAGGUAGCUGUCGCCGUUUUUAAAGAUCGAGGUCCAAAGUUUUGCAUCUUUCAUGAUAAAAAAUAGAAACAAAAUGGAGUAGUCUGCUAGCCAGGAAAAAUAUUUGAAUAUUUGAUCUCGGGCCCGAAAAGUUACCGGGACUUUCGAGAAACGGGCCCCAGGUAUUUCCCAUGCUACUUUCAUAGGAAAAUAGAAGAAAAAAUAUCCAGUGAAAUCCCUAGCUAUUUGAUUCCCCGCCUACUUGUGGUACCUAGCCGGCAACGUAAAAUCUUAGUGACAGCCUUGUAUUCAUAUAUGUUUUGUGAAGAAGACUUAUAAAAAAGUUAGCUAACAAUUCAUGUCAUGGCAAUACUCUAUUUUUGCUUUCUUUUAGCCUCCUUUUGAUGGUGAUGAUGAAGAUGAAUUAUUUAACUCCAUUCUUGAGCACAGUGUUUCUUAUCCCAAGGCUGUAUCCAAAGAGGCUGUUCUCAUCGUUAAAGGGGUAAGCCUGUAUGAGCUUCUCUAAUGUUUGUGUUCUUGCAUGUUGCGCGACCUUUGACAAGGUCAGGCUAACUAGAUUCUUUUCUGUCGAAGUGUUUAAGGCACCUUUAGGGAGAAAUGUGUUAUAUCUCCGUUUAUAUCUCCUCCGUAGUAGGUUGAUCUUUUUAUUUUCUACACACUCAUAAGUAGCCUGGCUUUCUACACACGGACUGAAAAAAAUGACUUGUAUUGCUGGAGAUCUUCGAUUCUCAUUUACAUGAUGGAAUUUAUUGCAAGCAGACAACGCUAGAGUUUUCGGCUCAAGAAAAUUCUUUUUGCUGGCAAUACCCAAGGUUUUUCUAGUCAUCAAAGUUCGGUUCAGAGAAUUGAUGCGUUGUGGCUACGUUGGGAUACUGCGGACUUGUUUUGAUUGUAAACCCGCUAUGAGGUGAAGAGUGGCUCUGCUAUACUUCUCAGUAGAGCAAUUGAUACGUAGAAUUAUGGCGUCGUGUCUUAGCCUGCGAGCAACCUCUUCAAUUAUAGCUAGCGGAAGGAGCUGUGAGAGAACACGCUUCACCCAAAUAAAGAGCUUGCUCCCAGGCUAAUCGUUUCUUGACAUUACUCUUUUCAUAUUUUCAGUUCUUGACCAAGCACCCAGCCAAACGUUUGGGUUGUGGAGAAAAUGGAGAACAGAACAUCAAAGAUCACGUGUUUUUUAGACACAUUAACUGGAUAAAGCUCAUGAACAGAGAGGUUCAACCGCCAUUCAAACCCAAAAUUGUAAGUAGCCUUGAUAGCCUUUUUGUGGCAUUUUAUCUGUCUAUUUAGGCCAACAGUGGUUAUCUGGUCCUGUCUAUAUCUAAGUGAAGGCUGGUUUCCUCUGAAGCUUUUGUUGGCGCCAGGGCUCGAAAUUAACGGUAACCCGUUAACCAAUGGUUAGUAGUUUCCAAACGCUGUGCGACAUAUGUGAUAUUAGAGAGCUUCAAAAAGCAAAGACAGUUGCAAGGCACGUUAACCGAAAGUGGACUUUUUGCGUUUUUCGGGAGUUCGGGCAGAUGGUGUCUUAAAGUGUAAAGACACAGUAACUUAAAGGGGCUGUGUCACGGCAGGCCAGUUCAUUUUGUUUAAUUUUGCCAAUUACUCGCCCUCUAUGGCUAUGGAACUUUAAGUAAGCAAAGAAAUUACAUGUAAAUGACAAAAUCAGAGAUCCGAGAGAAACAAAUAUGUCUCCUGAGCAUUAUUUUUAAAGUUGCAUGCAGCAGGGAUCAACUUUGAAAAACUGUUAGGCUGAACAGUUUUCAAAAACCCUAAUUUCAACCGUUUCAGUCUUGUCAAGAUACUUGUUUUAUUUGACUGACGAGCCGCAGAGCUACUUGAUUAAAAGUUUUUGAAUAAAAGGAGCCAUUUACCUGUUGCGAGAUCACUCGAUUUUCAAUUUUCAUCACGAUCUUGAGGAGGUAAUAAAUAAGCCAAAAAGCACAUUUUGUGCAGUUGCAAAUGGCCUUCAAAGGAGUACUUGAUGCUUCUCCAUUAGUCAGUGGCCUAAUACGAAUCUCCAUAUGACCGCAGUACAUUUGAAAAUUCCAUUUCACUUAAAUUUAUGAACCGUUACCAUCGUACCUAAAGGCACGGUAAAACGGGCAACAAAAGCCCCGGGGGGGGCACUGCUAUAUAUGGGCUAUAUAGGUAUGUGCCGCUGUGAAGGGUAUGGUUUUCAAGCAGUUUACUCUAGGAUAGGGUUUAUAAAUCAGAGCGUUUGGGUCUAGAAUAGGGUAUCAUUUUUCAGGAAAUUGAUCAGUUGGUUGAAGAUUUUACCCAGACUAGGGAAACAGGGGGAUUUGGGGAGUUUACUCUAGUAUAGGGUAACAAAAUUCAGCUCAACUAGCUCUGGUAUAGGUUAAGGCUACCAGGGUUCCAGGGUCCCAGCGGCACAUCCCCACCCAGAAAUUCCUAAAGUACCCCCCCCCCCCUGGACAAAAGCAUGCAACUUGUCUUGCAACAUUGCUGCAAAACAAGUUGAAUAGCGAUGUUGCGCGUUUUACCAUCCACUUUCAAACCUGUCUUGCAACAAAUAAGGUUGUUGAAGGUUGCGAAGAAGAACGUUUCAGUGGUAGUGUUGCCAUUUUUUUACUUGCAGAAAUCCAAACGUUCCUUUGACAAUUUUGAUCCGGAGUUCACAGACGAAGCAGCUCGCUUGACUCCUUGUGACAAAUCCUUCAUCGCAAACAUCAACCAGAAUGACUUCCAUGGGUUUUCAUAUGUCAAUGGUGAAUUUCCAGCCAAGGAGAAGGAAACCACAAGUGAUGGUGAUAUCAAUGUCUAAGAGAUAUUGGUUGGUUUGUUAGCCACUAGGUAAUGGUUUAAUUAUUAUUCCCAAAAUAUUUAGAACUCGUAUGAAGAAGUAAAUUUUUGUGGAAGCGACUGCGAGGAAGGAAGUAGAGUAUUAGAGUCUUUAAGAUUCGAUGACGAGGACGUAGCCUCGGUUAGUAACGUCUGCGAAGUACCGCCGUGAUCAUUGUUGUGGGCCCCCAACGGACUCAACGAAUUCCAGGAAGUGCGUUUCGAAUUUCUCUUUAUCCUUUUUGGCAAAUCGACAAUGGCUUUUUUCUAAGGCCAAUUAUGACGCGUACUCAAAUCCUUGUACGCAGGUGGAGGCCUAGUCUGCUACACAGCCGUUUUUAGUGUCGUCACGCAAUGCUCCUCCUGGGGAGGAGCGUUGCGUGACGACACUAAAAACGGCUGUGUAGCAGACUAGUGGAGGCCCAGCAGAACAAGGAUUUCGGCGCUGUUUCGCACACGGACUUUAUCAGAGUUUAGUUUCGUCUAUGGCGCAGGCUACUACGAGGGCAAGAUUUGACUUGAAGUUUGUUUCGCGUAUUCUAAAAAAAAAUCACCUCGGAAAGCGUCAUUGUAGAUUAUUCACCAGACAAGUGAGCACGGUAGAUCUUAUUGAAGUCUUCUCCUGAUCGAAGAAUGUUAAAACUUCUCUCGCUUGUUAGGGUUCGCACGCGAUCCACCCAUAUCUGUUUUCGCCUAGCUUUUGCGGUUAUUUAAGCCGUAAAUAAUUUACGUUCGUUUGAGCAAAGCGAAUUAGCACGUAAUUAAAACUUCAAAGUUGAUGACUUGUUUCCGUCACUUUGAAAAUCUUGUCCUCUUAGUCGUCCUCGUCUUAGAAUCUAAAGGUAUUAGGCCGUGGAUUAGCUGAGAUACAAAUUAUUGUCUUUUCUCAGGUCUAGUGAGUCUGUGAGUAGAAAUAAUAGAAUAGAUGGGGUGGGUCAUGUGUCUCUAGCAUGUUGCGAGCCUUACCAUAGUGCCGGGAGAGUGUCGCGAACUGAAGAACGGAGCCUAACCUCCUGGCUUUGUUUUUCUGCCUACUUCUCUCUGCUCCGCCCCCACCAUCUGAACAAUUGGAACAGGUUAAUGUAGUUCCCAUUCCAAAACUAAACCUGUAAAACCGACUGUUUGGCAGGAUAUAUAAACUUGAAAAUAUUCAUUAGUUAGCCACUCGAAGGAAAUAUUUUGGCUUUACGGAGGAGAAAAGCAUUUAUUUUAUCUAAGAACUAUUGCGCCCAAAAUCUCUCUACGUAGUUCGCGCUUUCUAUGCACGACUCAGUGUAACAUUGCCACAUUAGUUACUUGCGCAGUAAGAAAGUGCGUACCAUAUUUUCUCACGGGCCCGGAACAAACGCCGGCUCUAAAAGGGGACGUUGUAAAAAAGAACUGUGAUCAUUUAUUUAACUAUAAGGGCGAGAAAUACGGCGUUUAUAAAGCCAAUUUCAUAAUAAACACCGGGCCCGAACAAACUGUUAUUUCUAACAUACCCGUUGAUUGAGAAAAUACGUUAAACAAUUGCGCGAACGUCCUUACAUGUAUGUUUUCGUGUUCCCAAUGUUUUCACUUCCUAGGUAACUGUUUAUUUCAAUCAUCGGUUCUGAUAUAGUAGCAUAUUAAUUAUAUGAAUUUUUUCCUUGUUAAGAGAAACAGAGCGCAAACAAAGUAACAAGAAUUUUGCUGUAGUUGAUAGCAAGCCCAAAGCAAAAUAAUUAAAUAUGUAGUUAAUGUAAUUCAAAUAGAACGAACGAGCCAUUAUCAUAAAGUAAUACCAAGUUAUUUUAUGGUAAGAAGGGGGGGAUAUAGAAUUGAAUUUGUUCCCAGAGGGGAUUAUUUGUGACCACCACUUGAAUGGCUGGGUUGAAUUCCAUUCAGCCGUGCUGCAGUUUGAGAAUUUUUCUUUUAAUAUUCGUGUUUACUACUACAGAACGGCAGCAUGGUUUAGUGACAAGUGGUGGUCCUUUGGUACAAUAUAAUGUAUACAAUUGACUGGUAUGACUGUGCCGGUAUUUUGUUAUUCUAGUGUGUAUAUCGUAAUUAGUUGCACUGACAGUAACUUGUGUUGUGCAAGUAGCGCAGUAUUCGGUGGGUAAAUACACUGGUUUCCAGCUCAUACUCUGGCAGUACAAAACACAGGUCACAAGUGCAGGUCAUUGCUCUGGUGAUAAAUAAUAGUGAUUAGGACUAGCAGACAUUCAUAGUGUUGUUUAUUUACCGUACUCUAACCUGCACUUGUGACCUGUGACCUGUGGCCUGUGACCUGGGUUUUGUACCUGCCGCUCAGACUCUGUUUUCUCGUGGUUUUCAAAAUAGAGCGGUUUCCGUAUGACCUUGAAAUGAAAACGCGCGAACAAAACAGAAACAACAAACGAACGGAUGUAGAGCGAUUUGAUUAGUUUAUCGAACGGAUAUAAACGCGCGUGGCUUUUGGUUGGUUAAGCAAAACCUCGGGUGAAAAACUUCGUGCCCGAGAACUUUCUAGAAAUCAACCGAUACUUCGCUUUGACGUCAUACUGCAACACGAUUGGCCAAUCGAGAAAUGGCUUCUCCAUAUUAGGUUUUUU